UCACGUUUAGUGGUUAAUGAUUUUUUCUGAUAUAAAAACUAUAUACAUUGAAGAAAAAAGUUAUUUAACUAGAAAAUUUUCGCUCAUAACCUUGCAUACUAUUUAAGAGCAUUUUUAUAAUCUGCGAAAAUUCAUCAUAUUGAUUUUUUUUUCAACCAUAACACGAAAUCAUAAUUCAUUUAUAUAAUAUAAUAAACGUUUCAUCGGUGUAUUUGGUCUUACUAUAACAAUAUAAAGAUUAUUUCAACAGCAUAGAGUGGCUUUUUCAACAACAAUACAAAUAAAUAUUUAAAUAAAGGAAACAGAAGAAAUAACGAACAAACUUCACAAUGGACGGUCAAAAGAAGAAUUUAUGCCCACGAUUGAUUGAUUAUUUAGCAAUUAUUGGAACUAGAACGCAAGCUAAUACUUUACCGUCAGUCCAGAUACCUGAAUUGCUACGUCGAUAUCCAGUUGAAGACCACAAAGAUUUUCCAUUACCACUAGAUAUGGUAUAUUUUUGUCAGCCUGAAGGUUGUACUACUGUGGGACCGAAACAUUCAGUUUUAAGGGAAACAACGUCGUUUACAUUUGCACUCACUGAUAAAGAUUCUGGUAAAACGCGUUACGGCACAUGUGUAAAUUUUUAUCGGCCAGUUGAACGAAUUUCAAUACCAUCCACGGGCUCAAGUGUUACUGUAAAAAAGGAUAAGCAUUGUAUGAAAUUAGCAAAAGAUGGAUGGCGUAAAAGUAUGGAGCGUAGUACAGAUUCUGCAUUUUCAAGUGAUCAACGAAGCUGUACAGUUGGUCCUAGUGAUUCUGAACGAGACUUGCAGAAUAAAGAAUUAGAAACAACCUCAACACGUACACAUUUAGGAGUUAAUGUACCAAGUGGUGAUAGCGAAAGCGGCGAAAGUCAUUUAUUAUCUCCGAAAUCAAUUCGACGAUAUCAUAAAUCACGGAAUUAUUCUCUAACAUCAUUAUGUAUUGUUUCUCAUCACCCAUUUUUCUCACGAUUCCGUGAAUGUCUAUCAAUUCUAAAAAAAUUAAUUGACGCUUGCAACGAUAAUUUAUCAUCCCAAAAAAUUGGUGGAUCUCGACUCACUCAUAGAGAAUCUGUUUGGACAUUAUUGACUUCACAUGGCGCACAAGGGACAUCGUCGCUUGUGUUGCAUGAUGUUCGGGAGAUUGAAACAUGGAUUUUACGGUUGCUCAGCGCUCCAGUUCCAAUUCCCAACAAAACACGAGUUGAAGUUGAUAUUUUAUCGCCGUGCAUUCAACCUUUAUGUUUUGCGCUUCCUGAUCAUACACGAUUUUCCCUCGUGGAUUUCCCACUUCAUCUACCUUUAGAACUGUUGGGCGUCGAUGUAUGUCUGAGAGUUCUUACUUUAAUUCUAUUGGAAAACAAGGUUGUUCUACAGUCUCGGGAUUAUAAUGCUUUAUCGAUGUCAGUAAUGGCGUUUGUAACAAUGAUUUAUCCUUUAGAAUACAUGUUUCCAACAAUUCCAUUAUUACCAACUUGCAUGGCUUGUGCGGAACAAGUACUGUUGGCGCCUACACCAUUUGUAAUUGGCAUCCCCGCGUCAUUCUUAGUAUACAAAAAAUCCUUUAAAAUGCCAGAGGACAUUUGGUUCGUUGAUUUAGACAGUGGUAAAAUACAUUCAUCAACUGGCAGAGAUGCAGUUAUCCCGGCAUUCCCAGAACCAGAAGGAACAAUAUUAAAAAAUCAAUUAAAACAAACUAUGCAACAAAUGGAUCAAGCUGGUUUCAAUAUGAUAACAAAUGCAGCAGAAACUCAUCAAAUGAAAUCGAAGUCUUCUAUGUCUCCACUAUCUGGAUUGCAGCCUAAUAGUCGUAGAGAAAGUACCGCAUCACAUUAUUCAAACCUUAGUGUUGCUUCUUCCACACGUGCCAGAUCGAGUGUUGACUAUGGUAAUUCGACCCAGUGCAGUCCCCAGAGUUCACCAGGAAAGUCAAUAACAUCGAGUCCAAGUCGUACUUUUUACAAUACUCCCUCGGUAGUAAAACCGGCCAACCAAUCAGCCUACAAUCCUUUAAUUUAUGACAAUAAUGUAGACUCUGUAGAUAUUGCAAUUCGAGUUGCGAUGGUUAAAUUUUUCAAUUCGCAAAAUAUUUUAGCGAAUUUCACCGAACAUACACGUACAUUGAGGUUAUAUCCAAGGCCAGUGGUAGCAUUUCAAAUAAAUUCAUUUUUAAGAUCUCGCCCGAGAACGAAUGAAUUUUUGGAUAAAUUCGCACGUACUCAAGCGGUUGAAUUUUUGGCUGAAUGGUCAUUGACUCCAAAUAAUGUAGCUUUUUUACGUGUUCAAACUGGAGUUUAUGAUCCUGCGCAAAUUGGUGACAAACCUCGAUGGUUCGCCGAUUCAUUAGAAGCAAUUAACUUUCCAGUAUGGAAUCCAUCGAGCUCUCUAGUUAAUGCUAUCAAAGCCAUGGAAGAACUAGAGACUCAACCGACUGAUGAAAGUGGAUCUGAUUCUGAAGAUGCAGAGAGCACCAGUUCCUCAUACUCUUCAUUAUCUGACUUUGUAUCAGAAAUGGUCUCAUCUGAUUUAUCACCAAGUUACAACGGGGCAAAAAUGACUCAACAGAUAUUACUUACAAUAGAUUCGAAGACAAUUUAUAAUCCUCCGGAAACAUUGCAGUAUCCUGAAAUCCUGGAAGAUUGUCAAGCUCGUCCCGACAGUCCAGUUAGUACAUCAUCUAGUCAUAGUGAUUUAAGCAGUUCUAGUCUUAAUCGGGACUCGGAACUUGAACUCAAUCCCAAGGAUAACAAUGAUUUUCAAUUCAACAAAAUGCCAAUUCAAGAAGAAAUCUUGUCAAAUCUGGAUACUCCAAUAAACAUUUCCAAUGUUGUAAACCGAAAAUCAUCUACCGAUACUUCUGGUGGACCUUUUUUAACCCGACAAAUGACAAUUGGUGAAAAUACAUUCCAUGCUAAGCCAAAUGUCAACGAACGACAACCAAAUUCAUCGAUAAAUUCACAUCAACAAAAUAGUGGUGAUGGACAUAGUAGCAAUAACGUUGUUACAAGACAAGCAUCGCAAGGUUCAUUAUUUGAGCAAAUAGCAUCUCAAGCUAAGGAUUUAGUUCGUGAGACAACACGACAAAGCAGUCAAGAUGGAUUAUUGGCUCAUAUGGAUAAGCUCAAACAUCAAGCGAAAGAGAGGAUUUCUGAAGCCAAAGAAGACAGCCUUUUUGCUCCACUGGGACAUAUAACACAACAAACGAAGAAAGCUGUUGAUGAAGCAACUAAAUCUGUUCAAGAAGCAUCAAAAACGGCAAUAGAAGCCAGUAGAACUGCUGCAGGGGUUAGCAAGAAUACUUUAGAUGAUUUAACUUAUGCAGGGAGAAAUACUUUCGAAGACUUAACUAAAAGUGCGAAAGAAGUUGCUACAAAGAAAGGGUUACUGAAGGGCUUAGCUGAAUCUCAGCCUUCUCCUGAGCAACAUUCAUCACCGCGUCCAUCGAUAAGGAAAGACUCGAAUAGUAAUUUACCCGAGUUAAGAAAUAAACGUCGCGAUAUAGGCCGUGAUUUUCUUAGUAAUGUGAGCAGUGAUUUCAAUGGAAUAGCUACACAAACGAGUAACAUGUUCAGUGACUUAUUUGGCAGUAAAAGUACUUCAAAUCGGGGUGAUUUAGCUUCGAAUAUUCAAAAAAUUAAAGACAAAUCACAACCGUUAUCAUUUAGUCCAUUUAAACGCGGUAAACCUGGAUUGACAGAUAAAUCAACGUUAAUUAAACACAUGACAAGUAAAAAUUAUAGUGAAAAUAUGCAGAGGAUGCAGAAUAUUGAUAGGACGAAUAUUAAUAACGACAAUCAAGCAUUUUUAAAUGAGGUCAUAAACCAAGUGUUUGCUGGGGAAGGAGUUGGCUUCUUCAAAUUAAACCGUCUAAAAAAAUUAAUGGAAGAUGAAAGCUAUCGUAAUAUUAUCGUUACCAAAUUAAAUCGAGGAAUUAAUAAAAAAAUUAGUCCUGAUGAUCACAUUGAUGAUGUGUGUAUUUCAAGAUCAGUUUAUAAAGGAAUGCUCAUGUGCCUUCAAGCAGUAGCUAAUGGUCUUGCGAAUACUUUUGAUAACAAUAGUUUCGGUGGAAUGGCAUCAGUAUUUCAGCUGAUGGAAAUUGCUCAUACCCAUUAUUGGAGUAAAGAUCUCACUGACGGUGCUGUUGAGACGCCUUUUUUACUGCAAGCAAGCUCUUUCGAGAGUCAUGAAAAUUUACGAUCUAAUGGAUCGAGUAAACAGUCGAGUCUUGUAGAUAUCACUAAAAAAUUAUCAUCUCAAUAUUUAAAUGAUGGCAAUCAAGUUCACUUGGAAAUUUCUCAUGCAAUAUCAUCGAACGAUAAUAAUAAUCAUUCGAGUACCGAUUCAUUUCUCGAUCUUUUUUCGAAAAAAGGAAAACUAUUGAGUAAAUUGACAUCGUUUGAUGGAGAGGGUAAUAGUAGUCGGCCUAGCAUAACAUCUAUCAUAAACCCAAGUGAUGCACAAUCGCAAGCAAGAAAUAAACAACAAAGCAAUCUUGCAUUUCGUACACCUCAUCAAACACCAUUAUCAACGCAGAAUACACCAUCUGAUGCUGAAGUUGACAGAGAACCAGAACCUACUCAUAGUGAAAAACGGGGUAGUAUAUGGUCAAGUAAAUCAUCACUUAAUGCUCGUUAUCAUGGUAAUAGUCCAGUAUUAACUGCGUCGACUCCAAGUCCAGAAGCUGCGAGAACAUAUUUGUUUGAAGGUUUUUUAGGCAAAGAGAGAUUACAUCUUUGGGAUAAAAUGCAAUUUUGGGAAGAUGCAUUUCUAGAUGCCGUGUCACAGGAGAGAGAUGUUAUUGGUAUGGACCAAGGGCCUAGUGAAAUGAUGGAGAGAUACAAAAAUUUAAAUGACAGUGAACGCCGGCGUUUAGAACAUGAUGAAGACCGGUUAUUAUGUACGUUGCUUCACAAUUUGACUGCUAUUUUAGUGAUGCUUAAUGUUGAUAAAACUGAAGUGAAACGAAAAAUUCGUCGGUUGUUGGGUAAAAGUCAUAUCGGGUUGAUUUACAGUCAAGAAUUACAUCAACUACUUGAUCAAAUUGAUAACUUGCACGGGAAUGACAUCGAUUUGAAGCCCUCUAUGUCUCGACAAAUGCAUAAACAAUCCUUCACUGUUCAUGUUGGCGACGUUGAUGGCGAAUUGCGUUUCCUAGAAGUACGACAUGAUGGACUUGUUUUGAGAUCGUCGAAUGGCGUGAUCGUGGAACGUUGGUGGUACGAACGGUUGGUGAAUAUGACCUGCAGUCCCAAGAAUAAGGUGCUAUGCUUAUCCAAACGUAAUGGUGAUCAAUUGGAGCUUCACAACUAUUACACCAAAAAAUGCAAAGAUCUGUAUUAUUGCAUCAAGGAGGCCAUUGAAAAAGCAGCGAUGCGAGGUCGAGCAAAUUUAGGGGUUGAAUUGGGAGAUGAGUUUCCAGUACAAGAUUUGCAAACUGGUGAAGGUGGAUUACUUCAAGUGUGCAUCGAGGGUGUUGGAUUAUUAUUUGCCAAUAGCAAGGAUUUUGAGUUCUUCGUGAAAUUCGAACGUAUUCGUAAAUGCUUCACUCAAAAUGGUGGCAUCUUUGUAUUGGAGGAAUACAAUCCUAAAACUCGGCAAAUUAUUCAACAUAAAUACAAAUCACCAAUGGCGAGAGAAAUCUGCUACGCAGUAAUUUGCGUAUUUUCUUAUUUGGCCACUGGAUUAAAACAACGGAAGAUUUCUAAAGAAGAACAUGAUACACCCAGAAGCCAAUGAUUAUUAGAUAAGAGUCGAAAUAGGUCAUUCAGGAAUGAAUCAGCUAUAUCUGAAAAAUAAAAUUGAAUUAGAACAAUAUCUGAACCAGUUGAAUGAAUAAAAGAUUAAUAAUUUUAUAAAUUAUAAACGAAACGUCAUUAGGAUUAUCUUAAAUGUCGAGUAAUUACAAUCAAUAUUAAUGCAAGGAUAUAGAUAUGAAAGCUUUAUGAGGGAAAUAUUUUAUCACAUAACUGUAUUUUGAUGAUGAAAUGGUAAAAUAAAGGCAAUAAUCAGUAAAAA